AUGGGCUGCACGGGCAGCGCCCUGCGCUGCUGCCCCGCCGGGGACAAGGUAGGGCUGCGGGGCGCCGGGGGGUGUCCGGCGUGGGGACGGGCUCGGGUGGGACAGAGGGGGCGUGGGAGACCGGCUUCCCAGGAGCUCACAGCUUUGAAGACAGAGAACGCCAACGCCACCCUACAGCAUGGAGCUGGGCAGGAGAAGGCAGCGCUGCGGGACGAGCAGGGCACGGAGGCUGCACAACUGCUCCGAGGACAUGAGGAGGAGGAGGAGAGGCUGCGGGGAGCCCCGGGGACAGAGGCCGAGGGACCCCGAGGUGUCAGCACCCAGGUGGAAAAGGGAAAAGACGUGGAGCUGAAGGAGCAGCUCUCGGAGCGGUUCGAUGCCCUGCGGAGAGAGCACGAGGAGACCCUGCAAGAGCUCCGGAGAGCGCACGAGCAGGAGAAGCUGCUGCUGGCGGAGUCCCACCACAGGUCCCAGGAGACCUUACAGGAGACGGUGGAGGCGCUGAGGUCCCAGCUGAAGUCCUUCCAGGAGAGGAUGAAGCGGGUGGAGGAAUCGCUGCUGAGCAGAGACUACAAGAAGCACAUCGAGGAGCACGGGAGCCCCAGCCCGUUCUGGGAGCAGGAGCUGGAGAGCCUGCACUUUGUCAUCGAGAUGAAGAACGAGCACAUCCACGGCCUGGACAAGAAGCUGCUAAACCUGGAGACCGUGGCGGAGAGGAACCUGCUGCUGGAGGAGAAGGUGAAAACCCUGCAGCAGGAGAACGAGGACCUGCAGGUGCGCACCCAGAACCACCUGGUGAUGACGAGGCAGCUCUCGGAGGAGCUGCUGGCCGCCCGCGGGGCGCUGGAGAAGGAGUCGCAGCUGCGGGAGCAGGCUCGCCGCGAGAAGGAGGAGCUGCUGUACCGCGUGCUCAACGGGGGGGACGGCUCCCCCUUCCCCAUCGCUGCUGGAGACGUGCCCCUCAUCGCCACGUAG